CGCUCUUCCAACGUUGUCGUUUGUCUUCGUUGUUCUGUUGCUGCUGCUGCGCGAAAAAAAACGAAAUAAAUAAAAAAAAAAAACUGGAAUUAUUGAUUUAAAUCGCACACACAUCAAAUCAACGCCAUUGCAAUUAGGUGCAUCCAAACUAAAGACAAAGUGUAGCUGAAGAUACAAAAAAUAAAAGCGAAAAAAAAAAAAACAACAACAACAAAAAAAAGAUACAUUCUAUACAAAAGAAAACCCAAGCAUCAAGUGUGACAACAGUAUUUCUCAUUAAAACUACAUAAGAAAAAAAUAUAUAAAAUCCCUCUCUUUGAAUCCAAUAGUGGAUUUACUAAAAUUAUAAUUACUUACUAUUGCAUUUUUUGUAUGUAAGAAUUAAAUUAAAUAAAAAUAAUAAUAUUACCGGGAUAUUACACAUCUACAACAACAAAAAAACACACAAAAGGAAGGAAAAGUAAAACACAUCUCAUCUAUUUUAUUUAGAGAUUUAAGAAGAAAGUUCAUAUUAUACUCGUAUCUAUAUACAAAAAAAUAAAACCAAUAACAACAAAAAAGAUAUAUUUAAACAAACAACAAAAAAAAACCAUUCAAGAUUAAUUACAAAGAAGAAGUAAACAACAGAGCAGCAAUGGAAGACAAUAAUACCAACACGCCAAUCCGAGAUGACCCAUCGGUUACACUCACAAUAAGGCUGAUUAUGCAAGGCAAGGAAGUUGGCAGUAUUAUCGGUAAAAAAGGCGAAAUUGUCAACAGAUUUCGUGAAGAGUCUGGCGCCAAAAUUAACAUAUCGGAUGGGUCAUGCCCGGAACGUAUCGUAACAGUUUCUGGUACAACUAGCGCCAUCUAUUCAGCGUUCACUUUGAUAACAAAGAAAUUUGAAGAGUGGUGCUCACAGUUUAAUGAUGUUGGCGCAUCGGGUGGCAAAACUCAAAUCCCCAUUCGAUUGAUUGUACCAGCUAGCCAAUGUGGAUCAUUAAUUGGCAAAGGGGGCUCUAAAAUCAAGGAAAUCCGCAAUUCAACCGGAUGUUCAAUUCAAGUUGCCAGCGAGAUGUUGCCAAAUUCAACAGAACGUGCUGUCACUUUAAGUGGAUCUGCUGAGCAAAUAACUCAAUGCAUCUAUCAAAUAUGCUUAGUUAUGCUCGAGUCCCCGCCAAAGGGAGCAACAAUUCCAUAUAGGCCAAAGCCACAAGUUUCAGGACCAGUUAUAUUGGCCAAUGGACAAGCUUAUACAAUUCAAGGAAAUUAUGCUGUGCCCGCACAAGAGACCUGUCCAGUGUUUCCACUUGCGUUGGCUGGUGGUUUACAUGCAGGACUUUCAGGUUUGACGGAUCCUCUAUUAAAGGGGGCGCAUUUGGCAGGAGCGAUACCAGCUGCACAUCAUCUACAACAAUUACCUGAUGUGGCAAAGAAUCCUCUGGCCGGCUUAGCGGCAUUAGGUCUUGCGGGUAUGGCACCAACCAAUACCGGUGGACUCAAUCCAACAGCGGCACUGGCUGCCCUAGCUGGUUCGCAGUUACGUACAAGUAACACCAACCGAACCCAACAGCAACAACAUGAAAUGACAGUGUCAAAUGAUUUAAUUGGUUGCAUUAUUGGCAAGGGAGGUACUAAAAUUGCUGAAAUUCGGCAAAUUUCUGGCGCUAUGAUUCGCAUCUCGAAUUGUGAGGAACGUGAAGGUGGCAAUACCGAUCGGACAAUAACAAUUAGUGGAAAUCCCGAUUCGGUUGCAUUGGCUCAGUACUUAAUCAAUAUGAGAAUAUCUAUGGAAACUGCAGGGCUUCCCAUUCCUGGAUAUCAUUACAUUGCACCAAAUGCAAUUGUCAAAACUCCAAUUCAUUAAAAAACAAAAUACCAUUAAAACGCAAAAAUAAUAAUAUCGUAUUUUUUAAACUAAUAACUUUUAAAGAAGAAACCAAGAAAGAUGUUGAGUGUGAUAGUUUUUUUUUCAAAAAAAAAAACCUAUCAGGCUUAAAAAUAUUUGAAUAUGAGAUCAAAACAAACAAAAAAUACGACGCUUUUAGCCGUAACAAAAAUAAGAAAAAUUGACCACCAAGACCACCACACAAUUGAAAAUAGAAACCAUCACCAUCAAGCUGAAAUGAGAAGCUAGAACUAAAAAACAAAAAAACAGCAGAAAUAUCAUUUAUAAAUAUUAAAUCAAAAUAUUCAUUUAUUAUUAUUAUUUUUUUCUAUUACUAUUAUUAUUAUUAUAUUAUUAAUUAUUACAAUUAUUAUAUAUUUUGCUUUGUUAACAUAAUUUUACAUUAAAACCAGGUUUUAUAAUAAAUUUAUAACAAAACAAAAACAAAAAAUAGAAAACAGUAGAAAAGCCGAGUAAAUGUAGCUAAUUGUGCAAAGAGAAAAAAAUAAUUAAUAAAUUAGUAAUUACAAAUUCUUCAUCUUCUUCAAAAAAUAUGAAGAAUUAAAAACAAAACAUAGUACAUUUUGAAUGUUGUGUAGGUAUUAAUUAUUAUAUUUUAGUGUGUUUAAAACAAAAUAAUAAAAAUUAAAAUUUAUUUGAAAGAAAAAGUAAAAAAAAAUAAUAAUAAAAAGCUUUAAAAAAUGUAAAUUUAGUGAGAAAAAAAAAACUUAUGAGUAAAAUCAUUUUGUUGAGAAUUAAAAAGAAAAUGAUGAUAAAUUUUACACAAAAAAAAAGUAAAUAAAUAAAAUCAUAACAAUAGAAAGAAGCUUAUGCGAAGAAAAAGACUUUUUAGGUAUAUAUUUUUUAUUUUAUUAAUUUUAUUAAAUUUUUUUUAAAUUUAUUUUUUUCUUUUUUUUAUAUUGUUUUUGAAAAAAAAAAUAUAAAUUACUAUUGUAUUUAUGAAUGAUUGGAUGUUAAAGAAAACAAAAAAAAAAUAUUUUAAAAAACAAAUGUGGUAUUUAGGUUAAUGAUAUUUAAAGAAAAAACAAAAACAAAUCACUUACCAAAACAAAAUCAUUUUAAAAACUAAUUUUACAUAAAUUUAUUCCCACAAGGAAAUUAUACAGGAAAAACAAACACACACAUAUUGAAGACAAAACAAAAAAAACACAUAUCGGGAAUAUAUAUCGGCAUUUUAUUCUAUAAUAAGUCGAAAUUAUAUUCGUUACUACUGUUAUAUAAGAACAAUAUUAUUGUUAACAUCAACUUUCGAGUGCAUACAAAAAAAUUUUUUCGCAUUUGAAGUCGAUUUUUUUUUUCUUAUUUUAGUCUGAAAAUAUUACAAUUACACUAAGGAACUCUUAACCAUUCAUGAAAACGAGUUUGAACUUCGUCGGAAAAUUGGGAACAAAUAUGAUGUACAUAAUGUAUAAUUACAUCCUUAGUAAAAAAAAUGAUGACUUUUUAUUCCUUAUUUGUUCAGAUUUUUAUUCUAUUCCUUACUUGACUUUUUUCAAUGCGAACUUAUUCAAAUUGAUCUGAAGGACCUUACUUGCCUAUCAUCUUCAUUAUGAUCGAAUCGAGUUUCUUCGGAGCAAUGUCGAAAGCCAAAAGACCAAUCUUAUACACUGAAAAUUAGGCCAAAUGCUUUGAAAGAAAAACAGGGGUCGAACUAUGGCAUACGUUCGUUAACGUUUUGACUAUUGCUCUCUCUAUUCAAUCAGAAGAAAAUAAUAGAGACAUAAAGCCUCAAUACGUUAACGUUCGUAUGCCGUAGUUCGCCCCAGGAUAUUUUCAGUUGCUAGCCAAGCGCAUGUUAUGAGUUCCCUCAUAUAAAAAAGCUCCAAAACUACAUUUUGUGGGCAUGUGUGUGACACGGGUAAAGCUAGUAUUAUUACACGGUCAACGAAAUCAGUCAACGCGUUAACUUUCUGACUCAACUUGUUAACCGAUUUCAUUGACCGUGUGAAGGAAUGAUCACUACAGGAAAGGUAUGCGGUAGUGGUGCGGGUAAUUGUAUGAAAGCAAUUCCAAAUGGGAACGUCAACGUUCAGGUGGCGAACUUUAUCCAUACAUUUACCCGUACAAGCCUUUUGUAUCUUUUUUUAAAUCUCAGUCCAAUGGUUAUAUAUGUUGUCCGUUUUAGAAUGAAAUUGUUGCGAGCUAAUAAUCUUUAACAUUAUUCAACUCUUCAUAAAGUUUAACGAUUGCUCGCAGUAAUUUAGCUCGAGUUCAUAAAAGUAAAAUUACAGCAGCGCUACAAAAUACAACUGUUAAUAUUGGCUAAAUUAAGUGUAAAUUCUGGCUAAUUUAGUACCCGUUCUUUGAAAGAAAAACCAAUUGUUCUAAAAAGUCGGAUAAUUUUGCAGUACUGCUGUAAAUUUACUUUUACUCAUAUGGACAUGCAAUUCAAGAGACCUGCUCAACACAAUCACCCCUAAUGAGCUAUCCGUUCGAAAAAAUUCUAAAGCGGAAGUGAUAUUCAACUUGCGUUCGAGGUAGCCUUUGCGGAAAUGCAGCAGCAAUUCGUUAAAAAGACCUUUAUUACUUCUUGUUAAUACAAAAAAAAAAAAAUGUUGCAAUUUUCUUAAUAAUCAAAUUUUUUCUACUUAACUUAAUUCAUCUAAUCCAAAACUAUGAAUUUAAGGAAAUUUAAUUAAAUCCUUAUGCAGAUUUUAAAACGUAAGUUGGAUUUGACUAAAUCUCACAAAAGUUUAUUACUUUGGACGUAACGUAAAUAAAAUGCGAUAAAAGUCGAAUUUAAAACGAUUUUGCCUCUUUGCGAAUCAUUUGAAAAAAAAAACCAUAAACUUUACGUAUUUAACAUAACGAUAAUUCUUGAAAGUAGUAACGAACGACGACUAUCAUUUAUAUAUCAAAACAAACAAAUACAUUACACAUCUUAAAAAGACAUAUCGAAAAGUCUGUUUAAAACAAAAAUAUUUAGAACAAAAACAAAAAAGUAUUUAUUAAACAAACAAAUAAAUCACUAAUUUAUAUAAACAAAAAAAAAACAUUAGUUGAUGAGUAUAUAUAAAUAUAUAGGUGAUAAUAAUUUUAUAUUGGGUGUAAAUAUUUAAAAACGACAUGAGGAAUUGAUUAAAUUUUAAAGAACAUAAAAUAAAAAAAAAAAAAAUAAAAAACACAAGCUCUAUAUUACCAACAACAACAACAAAAUAUCUUUAUUGUCCCUCAUGUCCAACAUUAACCCAAUCCCAUUAAAAAAAAAGAACAACUUGUUUAUUAACAAUUCAAAAAAAAAACUAAUAAUCCAAAUAAAAGCAAAAUCACACUUAGUAGAAAAACAAAAAAAUGCAGAGAAACGUUUGUAGAAUUAUCAACAUGAAUACAGGAAUAAAAUUAUUCAAUAACAAAAAAAAAAACAAGAAUAGAAUUUAGAAAUAUUAACAAAAAACAAAAAAAAAACUAUUUAAAUAAAAUAAUGAAAAAAAAGUAAUUUAAAAAACUACUUUAAAUGGAAGCAAUCAUUUUUAUCGUAAAACAAAAAAAAAAAAAUUAUUAAAUGGUGUAUCUUAUAUAUAUAUAUUUAGAAAAUAUUUAAAAAAAUGAAAUCACAAAAAAAAAACAGUUUAUAUAACUAAAAUGAGACUCUACGAAGCAACUAAGUUAUAACAAAAAAAUUCAUACAAUCCACUUAUGGAUUUUGAAACACACAAAAAAUGAAGUAAAAUUUUUAAAUAAUUAGUUUUAAAUAAAAUAUUUUUUACAAUUCUGUUCAAAUACAUAAAAAAAAAUUAAACAAAUGCGUUGUUAAAAAAGAAUUUUUAAAAAUAUAUGUUAAAUAUGCGCGCAGUAACAAAGAUAAAUUAAACAAAAAAAAAAUUAUACAUAAAACAAUUUUGUUUGUUAAAUUUUAACAAAUUUAUAAAAAAAAAUAAGAAGAACAAAAAAUAAAAGAAAAUACACAGACACACAAACAACAAAGCCACUACGCGAUAUAUUAAAAAAACAAAAAGAGAAAAGCAAUUGUAAUGGUGCCUUAAUUACUUGUUUCCAAAUUUUAUUUGUGAUUUUUUUUUUAAUUAAAAAAAAAAAACAUAAUGUUAUAAAAAAAAAACGUUGUUGAUUUGAUAAAUAAUAUUGUGUAUUUUGCUUUGCUUUUUGCAUUUUCAAUUGAAGAAGAAUAGUUUCCUCUGAUCCUUUCUCUCUUCUCUAUCUCUCUCUCUCUUAAAACAAACAAAAAACCCUUAUCGAUGUUUUCUCUUGAUGAAACAUUAUAAAUGAAAAGCAAAAACACGCGUAGACACUUAGCAAAAGCAUUCUGUUCUUUGUUAAUUAUUUUGCUAUGUUUGCUUAUGCAAUCUUUUUUGUUUAUUUUUAAUAAAAUAUUAAAUAACUUAGUAAAUUUUCUUUUUUCUUUUUUAAAUAAAUCAAAUUAUGUAAUGAGAAAUCCCUGGAAUAUUAAAUGUAUUUCUAGUGAUAUUUUAUUUUAGUAAAAACCUAAAAACAAAAACAAAAUGAAAAUACAUUAUAAAGAAGAUGAAAAAAAAAAAAACAUUAGUUGCGCAUGUAGUUGAUCUCUGUCUCUCUCGAUUUCUACUCACAACACAAUGUUUAUACAUAAUAUAUAUAUUAGUAUACAUAAAUUUAUUAUAUUUUCUGGAUGUACUGUUUAUAAUAAAUUAUUAUAUUAUCAGUGUGUACAUCAGCAGAAAAUAUUUGCAAAAAAAAAAACAAAAUGAAUGAUAAAAACAAAUGUAUAAGGUAUUUUAGAUAUUCUUAUUUAAUAUCCAACAAAAACAAAAAAAAAAAAACAUAUUUAAAACAAUUAUUGAUUAAAAACAAAAAAAAAAAAUAUUAAAUUAAAUUUAUGAUCAUAAGUGAAAUGAGAAAACAGUAGUUAGUAGAUAUGAGUUGGAUUUUUGAUUUUGUUUUCUUCAAACAAAUACAAGAAAAGAAAAACACACUGCUCGAAUCCACAUAAUGUUUUUUCCAAAAUAUGAUACAAUUCAUUAGAAGUUCACAAUUUUUAAACAGAAAAAGUAAUAAUUACAAUACAUUUUUAAUAAAAAAUUAAGUGCAUAAAGGAGAUCAGGAAUUAAGGUUUCGUCAAUUUAAAUCUAUAUCAGUUUAUUUUUCACCAAAUAUUUUUUUUUUUUCAUAACUAAUUCAAAUUAAUGUUCUUUAUACCAAAAGUAAGAAUAUGUAUCUAUCUGUAAAUAAUGCUGAUUUAUUUGUAAAUUCUGUGGGCAAAAAAAAAGGUGUUGGAAACCUUAUUCAGAAAACGUUAAUUUAGUAUUAUGGGUUUAAUGUAUCAAUAACUUGGAAAAAUGUAGGCUUGCUUAUGAAAUUUUCUACAUAAAACGCAAAUUAGCUCUACACAGAGUUUUUACACUAGUUCCAUUUCUAGUGCUUAGUAUAAAAAAUAAAGUCAAGUAUUUGAAUUAAGUACUACCAGCUUUGUCAAAAUCGCCUAAGGCUUAAUUGAAACAUUAUAUCACUGAUGGCACAUUUUCUGGUCCUACAUCCCUUUUACCAACACCAAAAGAAUGCAAUAAAGCUUAUAACUAUCGUAAUUCAGCUAAGCCGAUUCUAACCCUGGUUAUGAUAACAAUUAUUAGUAGUCAACUCAAGUGAUUUCCUUUCAGAACUCUUAAAAUUGCUUGUCAAAUUCUUGACAAGCAGUGUUGUUAUGUGAGUCAGGGCACAUUUUUUUUUUUUCAUUUAUUUCAAGAGAUAUUGUUGGUUCCAUUCAUUUAAUUAUCUAGGAGCUGGUAACAUAUCUGCAGAAAAAAUGGCCGCUUGAUAAUCCCACUUGUAACGCUUUGACUCUGGCCAAAAUCUUAAUACAAAUCACGCGUGAAAUUUCCAAGGACAAAUUUUGAAAAAAAAAAUGUAUUCAAGUUUAGCUGCCCUGAGUUCAAAGAAUUAAGUUCAAGUUGAAUUGAGCUAUGCGAUAGUUGAUUUUUUUUUUAAUCAAGAAAAAUCCUUUAUGAGCCUAGUCACAAAAAAUUACAUUUCAUUUUGGUAGGGACAUUUGGUUUAUCAGCAACCCUGUAUUCAUAUUGGAUAAAUCACUAUCCUCAAGUAAAGAAAAUUUAUUUAAAAAAGUAUGAUAGUAGUUUCCAAAAAUUUUUUUGAAAAAGGACACAAACAUUUAACAAAUGGGUUAAGGUAAACUGGGGUUAAUCAGCAUACCUCAUGCAUUUUUCUCAGCUCAAUACCUGAAUUUAUAGCCUCCUUUUACCAAAAAAAGAUUUUUUCACAACCUAAGCAUAUUUCCUCGUUUUCCAAUAAAGAAAACCUCACAAUCCUGAAUCACCUUAAAUAAUGCACUUGACUUAAAUCACAUUAAUAAUAAUAAAAAGCAACAAAAAAAUGUAGAUUUUAUGGUUUCGAAGCACUUAAAAAAAAAAACAACAACAAAAAUUCAAUAUAAUAUUUAUAAACAUUUUAAAUAUCAAGAACAACAAAAUUAUAUAAAAAAAAAGUAAAAAAAGACAAUAUUGUUUGUAAAUAUUAAGGGAAUAAAUGUAAAUUAAAGAAAAAAAAA